AUGGCCGCGCGCGCGUCCGAUGGCGCCGUGCGCGUGGUCCUGCGCCUCGCGCGGGAGGGAGCGACGCGCGACGUCGUCGUCGACGCGCUCGAUCGUCGCAGUACGAUCGGGGAGGUGAAACGGCUCGGGAUGGCCGACGCGGGAUUCGCCGAGGCGGUGGGCUCGGCGUCGGACGCGGUGGUGAUUUACGGCGGGCGCGUGUUAGGGGACGACGAGACCGUUUGGGAGACGAUCGCGAAGACGACGCGCGGCGUCGCGCGGUACGGCGUCGACGGCGGACGAAGCGCGGGCGCGUCGGGGGCGGGGACGACGAUGGACGACGACGGGGUGGAGGAGUACGUCUUACACGUCGUGAUUCGGAGAGCGCCGGAGGAGACCGGGGGGGGGGGGCCGACGUCGGCGGAGGCGAAGACGACGGAUGACGACCCGGGUGCGGCCGGGGACGAACGAUCGGGCGGCGCGACGGGUGCGGACGCGGCGGCGCGGCGCGACGGGGCGAACGGCGCGAACGCGUCGCCGUCGACGAGUUCGCGAGACGACGCGCGCGGACGUCGAGACGCGGAGGACGGACGGCCUGGUUUUGACGCGAGAGAUCCGGGAACGCCCUCGGUGUUCGCGAACGCGGUUCCACCGACGCCCGCGUCGACGCCGACGUCGGCGUUCGCGCCGCGCGUGAGCGCGCUUAAUCUCGCGGUGAGUCCGUUGAUAAACGCGACGUACCAGGCGGCGUACCACGCCGCUUUCGCCGCGCUCUCGCCCGGGGGCGCGGCGACGUCUCCGGGUCCGCCCCCGCUCGGUGAAUUCAGCGACUUUUUGGCGACGGAUCCGCGAGGAGAUGGCGACGGUCGCGUGGUAGCGAUGGAUCGAAGGCGCGCGGACGCGCGCGUCGAUCACGGUCUGCCGCCUGAGCUUAACAUUCCGCCCGGCGCUCGCGUACGAGUGGUUCACAUUCGCAUCGAUUUGAAGCUCAUCUUGAAGCUCAUCGCUAUGACUUUGUUCUUGUCUCAAGACGCGAGCGCGCCGAAAGUGAUGUUGUACGUCGCGCUCGCCGUCUUUGUCUACCUACAACAGACAGGUGCGCUGAAUCCGCUCGCCAGGAGACUCGCCGGAGAGAACGCAGAUAGAAACGGACAAAACGGUGAGCCGGGUAGAGAGGGCGCACGCGAAGAUGGAGGUGCGAACGGUAACGGCGAGAACGGUCAGAACAAUCGCGUUUUCGUUCGUACCAGGGCCACGCACGCCGCGGGAUACACGGCGAUGCCGCAGUCCGCCCUCGGCGAGGUGAAGAUUUUUCUGUACAGUUUCGUAGCGUCAAUCUUUCCUUCUUGGUUGCCGCCUCGACUUCACGAGGUGCGCGAUGAAAGACCGCACCGAGAUUAA